AUGAGUUCUAAAGGGAAAAAUAACACUAGAGCAGCAGAAAGUAGUUCUAAACACCAUAGAAUUGCUAUCGUUUCUGCCGAUAGAUGUAAACCAAAAAAGUGUAAACAGGAAUGUAGAAGAAGUUGUCCUGUUAAUAAGACUGGUAAAUUAUGUAUUGAAGUUACUCCAACAUCCAAAAUUGCAUUCAUUUCAGAAAUUUUAUGUAUUGGUUGUGGUAUUUGUGUCAAGAAAUGUCCAUUCGAUGCUAUCACCAUUAUCAAUUUACCAACCAAUUUAGAAGGUGAAACUACUCAUAGAUAUUCUGCCAAUUCAUUCAAGUUGCAUAGAUUACCAACUCCAAGACCAGGUCAAGUUUUAGGUUUGGUUGGUACUAAUGGUAUUGGUAAAUCUACUGCUCUUAAGAUUUUGGCUGGUAAACAAAAACCAAAUUUAGGUAGAUUUGAUGAUCCACCUGAUUGGGAAGAAAUCUUGAGAUAUUUUAGAGGUUCUGAAUUACAAAACUAUUUCACUAAAGUUUUAGAAGAUAACAUUAAAGCCAUUAUUAAACCACAAUAUGUGGAUAAUAUUCCUCGUGCAUUGGUUAAAUCUCCUGUCAAAGAAGUCGGUGCCAUUUUAGCCGCCAAAAAUGAAAGAAAGAGUGAAUUUGAUUAUAUUUUAGAUAUUAUGGAAUUAAAACAUGUUCUUAAGCGUGAAGUUGUAAACUUAUCUGGUGGUGAAUUACAAAGAUUUGCACUUGCUAUGACUUGUGUUCAAGAUGCCCAAGUUUAUAUGUUUGAUGAACCAUCUUCUUAUUUGGAUGUUAAACAAAGAUUAAGAGCUGCGGAACUUAUUAGAUCAUUAUUGACUCCUACCAGUUAUGUCAUUUGUGUUGAACACGAUUUAUCUGUUUUGGAUUAUUUGUCUGAUUUUGUUUGUAUUCUUUAUGGUGUUCCGUCUGUUUAUGGGGUUGUUACAUUACCAUCUUCAGUUAGAGAAGGUAUUAAUAUCUUUUUAGAUGGUCAUAUUCCAACUGAAAAUAUGAGAUUUAGAACUGAAUCCUUACAAUUCAGAUUAACUGAUGCUGCAGAUGGAUUAGUUUUAGAUCAAUCAAAUGCUUUUACUUAUCCAUCUAUGGAAAGGACUCAAGGUGAUUUCCAUAUGAGGGUUGAAGCUGGUGAAUUUACCAACUCUGAAAUCUUGGUUAUGAUGGGUGAAAAUGGUACUGGUAAGACUACUUUCUGUAAAUUAUUAGCUGGUGCUAUUGCUCCAGAUGGAGGUCAAGAAAUUCCGAAGUUGAAUGUUUCUAUGAAACCACAAAAGAUUGCUCCAAAAUUUGCUGGUACUGUCAGACAAUUGUUCUUUAAGAAGAUUAGAGCUGCAUUCUUACAUCCACAAUUUCAAACUGAUGUUGUUAAACCAUUGAAGAUUGAUGAUAUUGUUGAUCAAGAAGUUCAAACCUUAUCUGGUGGGGAAUUGCAAAGAGUUGCUAUUGUUUUAGCAUUAGGUAUUCCAGCUGAUAUUUAUUUGAUUGAUGAACCAUCUGCAUAUUUGGAUUCUGAACAACGUAUUAUUUGUUCCAAGGUUAUUAGAAGAUUCAUUUUACAUGCCAAAAAGGCUGCAUUUGUUGUUGAACAUGAUUUCAUUAUGGCUACCUAUUUGGCUGAUAGAGUCAUUGUCUUUGAAGGUGAACCAUCCAUAAAUGCUGUUGCCAGAGCUCCAGAAUCCUUAUUGACUGGUUGUAACCGUUUCUUGAAGAAUUUGAAUGUUACUUUCAGAAGAGAUCCAAACUCUUUUAGACCAAGAAUUAAUAAAUUAGAUUCUCAAAUGGAUAAAGAACAAAAAUUAUCUGGGAAUUAUUUCUUCUUGGACAAUACUGAAUUAUAA